GGAGCUGAGCGGAGUGUUGCGCGUCAAGCCCUGGGUCCUGCGGACCAUCCACUGACGUGGGGAUCUUUUCUUCCUCUCCCUCUCCAUGGUCACCCUCAGCGGGCUGCAGGAGACAUGUGGAAGACUUGCGGGAGCGCGCGGCGCGUAACCCUGGUGUGCGCGCUGCUGGCUCUGUGCGCGGAGGUGUCGUGGUCUACAGGAUACUUUGAGCUCCAGUUGCUGUCGGUGGACAAUCCCAAAGGUCAGCUGCAGAGCGGCGAAUGCUGCGACCCGAGUCCCGGCGAGGACCCGGAGAGCUGCGGCGCGGACGAGUGCGACACGUACGUGCGCGUGUGCUUGAAGGAAUACCAGACGGAGGUGAGCCCCAGCGGAGCGUGCACGUACGGCUGGGAGACUACCAAGGUGCUCGGCGGGAAUACUUUUCAGUUCAAGGGCGGACAGAGCCGCAGUCAGGACGCCGGGAGGAUCCUCAUCCCUUUCCAGUUUGCGUGGCCGCGAGCGUUCACGGUGAUCGUGGAGGCGUGGGACCAGGACAACAGCACCCACAACAAAGACGACGAGCUGCUGAUUGGGCGCAGCGUCCACAAAGGCAUGAUCAAUCCCGGCGAGGAGAAGCAGACCUUGGAGUUCCAGAGCUCGAGCGCCAGCAUGGAAUUCAGCAUCCGCGUGCGCUGCGACGAGCAUUACUACGGCAGCAAGUGCAACAAGGUGUGCCGCCCCCGGGACGACUACUUUGGACACUACAUGUGCGACCAGCUGGGCAACCAAGGCUGCAUGGAGGGCUGGACCGGCCCCGACUGCAAGACCGCCAUCUGCAAGCCGGGAUGCAGCCUCACGCACGCCACGUGCGACGUCCCCGGCGAGUGCACGUGUAACUACGGCUGGCGGGGUCCUUUCUGUGACGAAUGUUUGCAGUACCCGGGGUGUGUCCACGGCACCUGCACCAAGCCCUGGCAGUGCACGUGUGAGAAGAACUGGGGAGGCCUACUCUGUGACAAAGAUCUGAACUACUGCGGGACCAACCGUCCAUGUAAGAACGGGGGCACGUGCAUGAACACAGAACCAGAUGAGUACAACUGCGCCUGUCCUGACGGCUACUCGGGCAAGAACUGCGAGAUCGCUGAGCACGCCUGUGUGUCCAACCCCUGUGCCAACGGCGGGACUUGCCAUGAGGUCCAGUCCGGAUUUGAGUGUCUCUGCCCCGCUGGCUGGUCUGGACCCACCUGUGCUAAAGACACUGACGAAUGUGCGUCCAGUCCCUGUGCCAACGGCGGGACUUGCAUCGACCAGGAGAACGCCUUCGAGUGUCUCUGCACCGCCCAGUGGACGGGACAGACCUGCCAGAUAGACGCUAACGAGUGUGCGGCCGAGCCUUGCCUCAAUGCUUACUCUUGCAAAAACUUGAUUGGCGGAUAUCACUGUGCCUGUUUCCCCGGAUGGAUCGGCCAUAAGUGUGACAUCAACGUGAACAGCUGCCAUGGACAGUGUCAGAAUGGUGGAAGCUGCAAGGAGGCGGUCAGGGGCUACCAGUGUGUCUGCCAGCCUGGUUUCGUGGGUCGGCACUGCGAGCUCCAGAGGAACCUCUGUGCCAGCGCUCCGUGCAGGAAUGGCGGCCGGUGCCACAACCUGCUGGACGGGUUCCUGUGUGAAUGUCUGCCGGGGUUCUCUGGGACAAUCUGUGAGCUGCAGAAGGACCCAUGCAGCCCCAACCCGUGUCACAACCAGGUCCAGUGUCACACCACCACGGGGGACUUCUACUGCAGGUGUCCUGAGGACUACGAGGGGAAGACCUGCUCACAACUGAAGGACCACUGCAAGACCAACCACUGUCAAGUAAUCGACAGCUGCACCGUUGCCGUGGCCACCAACGACAGCCAGAAGGGGGUGUGGCACAUUUCGUCCAACGUUUGCGGACCUCGCGGACGCUGCAUCAGCCUUCCUGCCGGGAACUUCAGCUGCUCCUGCCAGCCUGGAUUCACUGGAACCUACUGCCACCAGAAUAUCAAUGACUGUGAGUCGUCUCCAUGUCACAAUGGAGGAACUUGCAUCGACGGGGUCAACUCCUUCCGGUGCUUCUGCCCGGCCGGCUGGGAAGGAAACCUCUGCCACGUUGAUGUGAACGAGUGCAGCAAGAAGCCGUGUGAGAACGAAGGCGUGUGUGUGGACCUCCUUGAUGACUUCUACUGUGACUGUGUGGACAACUGGAAAGGGAAAAGGUGCAACUCACGUGAGAGUCAGUGUGACUCCAGCACUUGUCUCAAUGGAGGAACAUGUUACGACCACGGGGACGCCUUCCUGUGUCGCUGCCCCCCCGGUUGGCAUGGCAACACCUGCAACACAGUGAGAAACAGCUCAUGUGAGUCCAGUCCGUGUGAGAAUGGCGGCACGUGUGUGGGCCAACAAGACAACUUCUCCUGUGUCUGCAGGGAUGGAUGGGAGGGAUCCACCUGUGCACUCAACGCUGACGACUGCAGUCCACACCCCUGCUACAACGAAGGCAAAUGUGUCGACGGCGAGAACUGGUUCCGCUGCGAAUGUGCCCCCGGUUUUGCCGGACCAGACUGCCGCAUCAACGUGGACGAGUGUCAGUCCUCCCCCUGCGCCCAAGGCUCCACCUGCGUGGACCAAAUCCACGCCUUCCGCUGUCUCUGUCCUCCCGGACGUGCCGGAGCCGGAUGUGGGGAGGUCGUGGGUCUUGGCAAGUCGUGUCAUCACGCCGGUCUUCAGUUUCCUCACGGCGGUCACUGGGACGAGGAUUGCAACGCUUGUCAGUGCGUGGACGGCUCCGCCCACUGUUCCAAGGUGAUGUGCGGCCGUAGGCCCUGCCUCCUCCCGACUACUUCCUCUCCGGACCCCCGGGCCCCGCCGCCCUGCCCCGGGGGCCACGAGUGUGUGGGCCACCAGUUCCUCACCUGCUUCUCGCCGCCGUGCCACCAGUGGGGCGUGUGCUCCACGCCGGAGCCGCCCGGACCCGUGCACACGCAGUGCCAGCCCAACAGCGGUUACCUUGACGACAGCUGCGCUCACGUCACGCUCAUCUUCAGGAAGGACAAGGUGCCGCAGGGAACCACGGUGGAGAACAUCUGCUGGGAGAUCCGCCACCUUCCUGUCACUCGGACGCUGGCCCAAGAGCGAGCGCUGCUCAUCCUCUGUGACCUGUCCUACUCCAACACUGACGCCGUGGAGGUUGCCAUGUCCUUGGAGCAGGACGUGCGCUCCAAGGUGGGCGAGCGUGGGCAGAUCCACAAGGCGGCCAGCGCCGUCAUCGGAGCGUUGUCCAGGCGCCACAACAGCAGCGUCAUGCUGGCGGUGGUGGAGGUCAAAGUUGAGACGCGGGUGGACGCCGCCUCUGUGGGCUACGUGGUGCCGCUGCUCUGCGUGCUCUUCUGCGCCGCCUGGGUCUCCUGCAUCGUGGUGUGCGUCUGGUGGACCCGCAAGAGGAAGAAAGAGCGCGCGAGGCGGUCCCGCAGCGAGGACGGGGCCGUCAACAACCGCCUGGCGCCGGAGCGGAGCCCCGCCCCCAAAGACAACCGCCACAAAGACAUUCAGUACGAAUGCAAGAAACUGAUGGGCGCGCAGGAGCGGGCGUGCGACGGCGCCGACGUCGAGGAGGGGGACGAGGAGAGGACGCCAGGCGCGGGGCGUGCGUCACCAAAGUGCCCGCAGGGGGCGGAGCAGAACAAGCGGGUGACGGCUGGGGGCGGGGUCGUAUGCACCAAGCUCAAAGCGCCGCACCGGACGGCCUACAGCCCCAAAGACAACCGCUGCAAAAACCUCAACGCCGCCACUCUGGGCGAGGACGUCAGAGACCACUACGUAUGAGCUCGCCACAGGGGGCGGAGCCUGACUGUUUUCAGCCUGGCAGGAAAUGAAGAUUCGAACGCGUGCCUUUUGCAGCUCCUCUUCACCUUUGACUGGCAGCUUCCUUCCUAUUGGCCCUCCUUGCCUUAGCCCCGCCCACCGGGCCUCUUUUCUACACUGGUCUCGUUUUUUUUUUCCAAAGAAGACACCUUUUUAAAAACUGUCCACUUGGCACACGCGCGUUUACAGCACAUGUUCCACGCAACCUUUCAAAAUAAUGCUCUCGACUUCCCGCACGGGGGUCCUUUCACAGUAAAAGUGCCUUCCACAAUUUGAAACGUUGACAUGUUUGUACAUAUAUUUGUAAAUAUCGACAAUGUGUACAUUUUACUUUGAUAACUUAAGUCCUGCUUCCUGUCCAUGUACAAUUCUCAUGAAUAUUAUUACUGCGCGCUUUACUUUGAAAAUGAUGUCAUUCCUAGUAUGUGUCACACACACACCUGUUACGUACACGUUACACACCUGCAGCACAGAGGGGACAAAUGUGUGGCACAGGUGUUCCAGAGGCAUUACACAUGGAUGUGUCUCAAGUGCUGCACGCGUGUUACCUGGAUGUUACACAGGUGUAACGCAGAUGUAUUCGACAGGUGUUACACAAGUGCUUAGAUGGUACACAGGUGUAACACUGCGACGUGACAUGCGCGUCACACAGGCCAUACAAUGUGUACCGUAACCCUGGACCCUACACAGAUGUAACGCGGCGACCGUACACGGGUGUUGCAUGGACGUUACACAGGUGUAACGCUCACGUUACAUGAGUGUUGUACUGGUUAUGACACAGGUGUGACAAAUGUAACGCUGCUGUUGCAAACGUGUAACACUGGCCUCACACAUGUGCUACACAAGUGUUACAGGAAUUGUACACAGGUGUAACGCUGAUGUUACGUGAGUGUAACGGAAACAUUGCACGGGUGAAACAAAAUGUUACGUUGCUGUUGCAACUGUGUGACACUGACCUAUCACAGGUGUAACACAGGUGUUAAAAAUGUGUUACACGGAUGUUUCUCAACUUCUACAUAGGUUUCACAUGAAUUUUACACAAGUGUAACACUGAUUACACGUGUAUUACAAAGGCAUUAAAAAGGUGUGACAAAUGUUACGUUGCUCUUGCAACUGCAGGUGUCACAAACAUGUUACACAAGUGUAAAAUAGGUGACUUAAGUGUUACAUGAAUGUUACACAGGUGUGACACUGAUGUUACAUGAGUGUUGCAAAGGCAUUCCAUAAGUGUGACAAUUGUUACUUUGCCGUUGCAAAUGUGUAACACUGACCUCACACAGGUGCAAUAGGGGCGUUACAAACAUGUUACACUUGUGUGGCAUGGAAGUGACUCAAGUUCUACACACAGGUGUUACACUGACGUUACAUUAGUGUUUUGUGGGCAUUAAACAGGUGUAACAAAUAUUACGCUGUGGCAAAACAUGUGACACAGACCUUACACAUGUGUUACAAACAUGUUACGCAAGUGUAAAAUAUGUGACUUAAGUUAUACACGUGUUACAUGAAUGUUACGCAGUUGUAACACUAAUGUUACAUUGGUGUUUCGUGGGCGUUAAACAGGUGUAACAAAUGUUACACUGCUGUUACAAAAAUGUGACACAGACCUUACACAGGUGCAACACAGAUACUACAACCAUGUGACUAGUCUAGCAUGUAUGUGACUCAAGUUCUACACAGGUGUUACAUGAGUGCUACACAAGUGUAACACUAAUGUUACAUUAGUUUUUCUUGGGCAUUAAACAGGUGUAACAAAUGUAUGACAAUGACCUUACACAGGGGCAAAACAGUAAUACUGUAAACAUGUCACAAGUCUAACAUAGAUGAGACUCAAGUUCUACACAGGUGUUACAUGAGUGUUACACAGGUGCAACAGAUGUUAAAUUAGUGUUUCGUGGGCAAUGAACGGGUGUAACAAAUGUCACACGGCUGUUACAGAUAUGUGACAUGGACCUUACACGGGUGCAAACAUGUUACACAAGUCUAACAUGGAUGUGACUCAAGCUCUACACAGGUGUUACAUGAGUGUUACAGAAGUGUAACACUAAUGUUACAUUAGUUUUUCGUGGGCAUUAAACAGGUGUAACAAAUGUUACACUGCUAUUACAAAUGUAUGACAAUGACCUUACACAAGGGCAAAACAGAUACUGCAAACAUGUCACACAAGUCUAACGUAGAUGAGACUCAAGCUCUACACAGGUGUUACAUGAGUGUUACACAGGUGCAACAUACGUUAAAUUAGUGUUUCCUGGGCAAUGAACGGGUGUAACAAAUGUCACACUGCUGUUACAAAUAUGUGACAUGGACCUUACACAGGGGCAAACAUGUUACACAAGUCUAACAUGGAUGUGACUCCAGUUCUAUACAGGUGUUACGUGAGUGUUACACAGGUGUAACACCAAUGUUACAUUAGUGUUUUGUGGGCAUUAAACAGGUGUAACAAAUGUUACACUGCCGUUACAAAUGUAUGACACGGACCUUACGCAGGUGCAAACAUGUUACACAAGUCUCACACGGAUGUGACUCAAGUUCUACACAGGUGUUACAUGAACGUUACACCGGUGCAACACUGAUGUUACGUGGGCAUUAUACGGGUGUUAUUCUAGCCUCACACAAGCAUGACACAUGUUUAACAGUCACAGAAGUGACUGGAGUGUAACACAGAUGAUACAUUAGUGUAACACAGGUGUUACAUGAGUGUUACACGGGUGUAACACCAACGCUACAUUAGUGUUUCGUGGGCAUUAAACAGGUGUAACAAAUGUUACACUGCCGUUACAAAUGUAUGACACGGACCUUACGCAGCUGCAAACAUGUUACACAAGUCUCACACGGAUGUGACUCAAGUUCUACACAGGUGUUACAUGAACGUUACACCGGUGCAACACUGAUGUUACGUGGGCAUUAUACGGGUGUUAUUCUAGCCUCACACAAGCAUGACACAUGUUUAACAGUCACAGAAGUGACUGGAGUGUAACACAGAUGAUACAUUAGUGUAACACAGGUGUUACAUGAGUGUUACACGGGUGUAACACCAACGCUACAUUAGUGUUUCGUGGGCAUUAAACAGGUGUAACAAAUGUUACACUGCCGUUACAAAUGUAUGACACGGACCUUACGCAGCUGCAAACAUGUUACACAAGUCUCACACGGAUGUGACUCAAGUUCUACACAGGUGUUACAUGAGUGUUACACAGGUGCAACACUGAUGUUACGUGGGCAUUACACGGGUGUUAUUCUAGCCUCACACAAGCAUGACACAUGUUUAACAGUCACAGAAGUGACUGGAGUGUAACACAGACGGUACAUUAGUGUAACACAGGUGUUACAUGAGUGUUACACGGGUGUAACACCAACGCUACAUUAGUGUUUCGUGGGCAUUAAACAGGUGUAACAAAUGUUACACUGCCGUUACAAAUGUAUGACACGGACCUUAUGCAGCUGCAAACAUGUUACACAAGUCUCACACGGAUGUGACUCAAGUUCUACACAGGUGUUACAUGAAUGUUACACAGGUGCAAACACUGAUGUUACGUGGGCAUUACACAGGUGUUAGUCUAGCGUCACACAAGCAUGACACAUGUUUAACAGUCAGAGAAGUGACUGGAGUGUAACACAGACGAUACAUUAGUGUAACACAGGUGUUACAUGAGUGUUACACGGGUGUAACACCAAUGUUACAUUGGUGUUUCGUGGGCAUUAAACAGGUGUAACAAAUGUUACACUGCCGUUACAAAUGUAUGACACGGACCUUACGCAGGUGCAAACAUGUUACACACUCGAGUUCUACACAGGUGUUACAUGAGUGUUACACAGGUGCAACACUGAUGUUACGUGGGCAUUACACGGGUGUUAUUCUAGCCUCACACAAGCAUGACACAUGUUUAACAGUCACAGAAGUGACUGGAGUGUAACACAGACGGUACAUUAGUGUAACACAGGUGUUACAUGAGUGUUUCACGGGUGUAACACCAAUGUUACAUUAGUGUUUCGUGGGCAUUAAACAGGUGUAACAAAUGUUACACUGCCGUUACAAAUGUAUGACACGGACCUUACGCAGGUGCAAACAUGUUACACAAGUCUCACACCGAUGUGACUCAAGUUCUACACAGGUGUUACAUGAGUGUUACACAGGUGCAACACUGAUGUUACGUGGGCAUUACACGGGUGUUAGUCUAGCGUCACACAAGCAUGACACAUGUUUAGCUGUCACAGAAGUGACUGGACUGUAACACAGACAAUACAUUAGUGUAACACAGGUGUUACAUGAGUGUUACACAGGUGCAACACUGAUGUUACAUGGGCAUUACACAGGUGUUAGUCUAGCGUCACACAAGCAUGACACAUGUUUAGCUGUCACAGAAGUGACUGGACUGUAACACAGACGAUACAUUAGUGUAACACAGGUGUUACAUGAGUGUUACACUGGUGCAACACUGAUGUUACGUGGGCAUCACACAGGUGUUAGUCUAGCGUCACACAAGCAUGACACAUGUUUAACAGUCACAGAAGUGACUGGAGUGUAACACAGACGAUACAUUAGUGUAACACGGGUGCGGCUCGGAGCUCCACCACAGGCGUAACCAGGACUCGCAUUAUUUUGUCCGAUGGCACUGAAAAGGUUGCAAAAAUGAUGCUUCCCAAAAGCGAAGAGAAAGCGAAGAUCAAAGCUGCUCCCGCGUGCGAUUGUCAAUCACUAAGCCCCGCCUCUCGCCAUGAAGUCACGAAGGGAACAAGUGGCGUCGUCACUCGUGCACUGACAAACACCAGCUAGCAUUUAGCAUUAGCUAGUGUGUCAAAGGUCACUCGUACCUUGCCAGCAACAAGAAGAAGAAGAAGAAGAGGCAGAAAACGCUUUGAGAACUUUGUCAUCAUUUUGUACAAAAACGUUGUUGGUUUGCUAGCGAGACGUUUGUUGUUUGUUAGAACAAUCGUAUUAUUUAUUAAAGUAUUUUAUACCAAA